AUGCAUUACGGGUGAAGUGCCGACAGUCUGUCAGGAAACGAGUGAAAAACGUUCUGUAAUGCUUCCUGCCAGGGUUGGAGAAGAAGCCUCUAAUCUGAAGGCUGUGCAUAUAGUCAAGUACAGUACAUUAGAAAUGACAGCUUCCACUGCUAUCACAUGCUUUACAAGAGGACUUGACCUUAAAAAGGAGACAGAAGAUGUCCUUUGCCCAGCAAAUUGUCCUCUAUGGCAAUUUUAUGUCUUUGGGGAUGGAGUUUAUGCCUCUCUUUCCAGUAUCUGCGGAGCUGCCAUACACAGCGGGGUGAUCACUAAUGCAGGAGGAGCUGUAAGGGUACAGACUCUCCCAGGACAAGAAAACUACUCUGCUGUAAAUGCCAAUGGGAUCCAGUCUCAGGUGCUCACAAGAUGGGCUUCGUCUUUCUCAGUGACUCGUAUCAAGAACACAGCGCUUGAAGCAGUUGGACGAUCGGUAUCAACAGCGCGUCCUUCUACAGGUAAAAGACCUAAGAAGCCACUUGAUAAAAAGGCUGGAAACAAAGACUGUAAAGCUGAUAUUGCAUUUCUCAUUGAUGGAAGUUACAACAUUGGCCAACGUAGAUUUAAUUUGCAGAAAAACUUUGUUGGAAAAGUAGCUGUGAUGUUGGGAAUUGGAACAGAAGGGCCUCACGUUGGAGUUGUACAGGCCAGUGAACAUCCAAAAAUUGAAUUCUAUCUGAAAAACUUUACUGCUGCAAAAGAAGUUUUGUUUGCCAUAAAGGAAUUAGGGUUCAGAGGAGGCAAUUCUAAUACAGGGAAAGCUUUGAAGCACACAGCUCAGAAAUUCUUCUCUUUGGAAAAUGGAGCACGCAAAGGAAUUCCCAAGAUCAUUGUAGUGUUCCUAGAUGGCUGGCCCUCAGAUGAUAUAGAAGAAGCUGGCAUAGUGGCCAGAGAAUUUGGAGUCAACGUAUUCAUUGUAUCUGUAGCAAAACCCACAACAGAGGAGCUGGGAAUGGUACAAGACAUUGCUUUUAUUGACAAAGCUGUCUGUCGAAACAACGGGUUCUUCUCUUACCAAAUGCCCACCUGGUUUGGUACUACCAAAUACGUGAAACCUCUCGUCCAGAAACUGUGUUCUCAUGAGCAGAUGUUGUGUAGCAAGACAUGCUACAACUCUGUCAACAUCGGUUUCUUGAUAGAUGGUUCCAGCAGCGUUGGAGACAGCAAUUUCCGCCUUGUGCUUGAAUUCAUCAGCAAUGUUGCAAAGGCUUUUGAGAUCUCUGACAUUGGUUCCAAGAUUGCAGCUGUGCAGUUCACAUAUGAUCAGCGUACCGAGUUCAGCUUCACAGACUACACCACAAAAGAAAAGGUCCUCUCGGCUAUCCGGAACAUCCGCUACAUGAGUGGUGGCACUGCUACUGGUGAUGCCAUUUCUUUCACAACCAGAAAUGUGUUUGGGCCUGUGAAAGAUGGACCUAACAAAAAUUUCCUUGUUGUCUUGACUGAUGGUCAGUCUUACGAUGACGUUAGAGGACCUGCUGCUGCUGCACAAAAAGCAGGAAUAACAGUCUUCUCUGUUGGUGUUGCCUGGGCACCUCUGGAUGAUCUGAAAGACAUGGCUUCUGAACCAAGAGAAUCUCAUACUUUCUUCACUAGGGAGUUCACAGGAUUGGAGCAGAUGGUUCCUGAUAUUAUUAGAGGCAUCUGUAAAGAUUUUUUGGACUCUAAACAAUAAAGCAAAAUUCUGCUGUUGGAUAUUACUACUUUUGAAACUAAAAAUCAUGAAACUGAAAUGGUCCCUCUAAAGUACAAAUGUUUUACUCAUAUAUAUAUUAUCACAAUGCAAGGGAAGAAGGGCUAUUUUUUUGUUCCUGUAGUCAGCCAAGGAUUCUUGUGAGCUUGUUAGAAUUUGUACUUAAUACUGGAAUGCAGAAUUUGGCCAACAGCUAUUAUUUUCAAUACGUAUAUAGUAUCCUCAAGUUUAAAGCUAUGCAUAUUGUGCACUUAAGGCUAUCAGAUAUCAGCAGAGGAAACAAUACAGCUCUGACAUUUUUGCUGUCACUUGCCAGAGGUCUUCUCACAAGUUAAAAAUAAUAUAAUUUUAAAUACA